ACUAAUGCCUAUUGGAUGACCUUGAAAUAUAUUGCAUCAUUCAACGACUACUUUGACGCGUGCGACCUGCUGAACCAACACCCUGCACUGCUCGCUUUUCCUUGAAAGCCAUCACAUCCACAAGCUGUUUAGGGGCUUAAGGAGUCGCAAACUCCAGCACUUAUGGCCGCACGAGCCUGGCUUGCGUUACAAGAGGAGUGGCAUGUGCUCACGGCGGAUGGGACCGAGGACCCCUUUGCCGUCAGCACGCAUUUAGGCCACCGGAGAGAGCUGCUCGGCUCAAGAGUGGCAGGCGUGGGAGUUGGCGUGUUCCUCAUCUUCUUUUUCCUAGCGCUAUCCAUCGCCAUCUGCCUCAUCGGGUCACGGACCAAGUUCAGAUGGGCCAUCUACACGGCCUCUGCCGCCAUGUUCGGCAUCGUGGCGCUGGUGCUCAUAGCCUCGCCAAAGGGCACGCAGCCGCCCAAGCCGCCGUAUGGCUACAACCAGACCAUCAUCCCCAUGUCCAUCAUCAUGGCCUUCCUGUGCCUGGGCGUGCUGCUGGGCGGGCUGUUCCUGCUGGUGGGGCACGUGCUGCCGCCGCUGUACGCACGGCCGCUCAGCUACCACCUGGACAUACUGGAGGAGCGGCGGCGGACGUGAGGGCGGCGGGGGACGUGAGGGCGGCCGGGAACGUGAGGACGUGAGGCCGAGGUCGCGGAGGACGUAAAAGGGGUGGUGGUGGUGAUGAACAUGGUGGUGGGGGGCCGGGGCGGGUACGGAGGGUUUGGAUGGGAUGGGCGUUGCGGCGCGGCAGACCAUUGGAGAUGCACACGCAAUGUUGACAACGGCUGCUUGGUGUGGUGCAUGAGUGCUUUGACACGGAAUGGAAAGAACGGCCG